AUAAAUUGGGAUUUAAGAAAGUCGAUGUACGCACCGUCAGCGCAUUUAUCAGGCAACACGAACGUGUGCACGCGCAUUUGAACUCCGCAAAAAUGUUCACCUUUCUAACCAGCUGCAAUACGAACCAGGGUAAAUCGCUGAAACUGAUAACUCUAAGCGAUAUCGUCGAUUUGAAGACGCUGCGAGCGCUCUGCCAUUCGAAUUGCGCCACCAGCGCGCUCGGCUAUUAUACGCUGGACAAUUUCAUCAAAUGGCACGAGCGCGAUAAGCAGCUGCAACGAGUGCGCGUCUACACGCUGAACGACGGGCGUUGGCGCCACAAUGGCCUCUAUAUGAUUGUGGAUUGCUUCCAGCUCUUUGUGCACAUAUUGCCGGUGAAGGAAGCGCAAACGCUGUUGCGUACAGCGCUUAAAAUGCUGGAUUGGACGAAGGGCUUCAAAAUCACCGCCAUACCGGAUAUGUACAUUGAUACUGUGCACAAGGUGUUGGAGGAGUUGCGGCUGACGUGGGAAGGCAUACGUCUCAAUAUCUACCAACUGGCGCGCGAAAAAGCGUUAAAUAUAAAAGUGAGCUGCCCGUCUGGCUUCAAAAUGCGCUCUCUAAAUAUUGCCGAUGCCAAGCUGAUCAACGAGUUGUGGCAUGCCAAUAAUGCCGGAAGUUUGGAAAUCAUAAAACGCCUUAUUAUUUACAACAACAACAUCGGUGUAUAUGCACAGGAAUCCGGUGAACUGGUUGCAUGGUGCAUUAGAUGCCAAAGUGGCUUCAUCGGCAUGUUACAUGUGAAGCCCACUUAUAGGCGUUCCGGCUUGGCCUUAUUGCUUUGCCUUGCUAUGGUGCAGGAGAUUGCCACGCAAGGAGAUGAAGUGCGCGCUAUGAUCCAUGAACAUAAUGAGGCUUCGAAAGAGUUAUGCAAGAAACUAUGCUUUCAACAGACAGGCGUUACACAUAUCAUAUAUGCCUACUAUCCAACAUACGGCGCAGUUUGGAUCCAUAAGCCUGAUUCCAAGAGUAAAUUGUAGUUAAAGACAUUUUUUUAUAACUCCGAGCAGACUUGUAUAAUAGAGUUAAUUGCAGAAUAUAAUCUACAUAUAUUACUCAAAUUAAUUAAACUUAAUUAGCCGCUUUUUAUUAUUGUAUUUAUCUCCAACAUUCAUUGUUUUUGUAAUUUGAAGAGUAACAGCUGAUUGUAAGAGAGCAAGAGAGAGGUUUUCGCAAAGAUCAAGGGUUGCAGGAUUGGAACUCUUGGCUAUGAAGAGCAAGUGUGCUCUGAGUGACUGAGUAAAAACGAUCAGUUUUCUCUCGCUUCUAUUUGAAGUACUGAGAUUGUAUUGUAGAUACCCACUUUAAAAUACUUUUCUUUGAAUUUCAAUGAACUUG